GAAGGAAAGGCAGACAAACAUAAGUGUUUUUUUAUGCUCGCAUUGUUUCUUAGCCAGAGAUGUGGACGUUGCUUGAUUUCCAAAUAGGAAUCCUCUGCUUAUUCAAAUUGGAGCACCAGGAACGGUAUUCCUAAAACUGCAGCACAGUUGCGUUUGCUAGGGAGAGGCAGUGAGCUUCAAAGGUACAGCAGUUGCGUUUGGUGGUACUUCGAUGGAAGUAGCAGCAUCCUGGAGAACUUCGAGAGAGGGUUGAGGUAUGAUAUGAUUAGAUAUGGUUCUCUCGGCUGAAAAUUUUGUGGCGUGGAACGAUUUCCCCAAGGGUCUCAAGGUUCUACUCAUGGAGAAAGAUGAGUCCUCUGCUUUAGAAACCAAAUCCAAGCUUGAGGAAAUGGAUUACAAAGUUUCACUGUAUCAUAACGAGGAGGAUGCAAUGGAGGCAGUUUCAAAGCAGGUCGACAACUUCCAUGUUGCCAUUGUCGAGGUGACAAGUAGUGAUCAUUGUGGGAGUUUUAAGAUCCUUGAAAUAGCUCAAGACCUUCCUACCAUUGUUAUUUCUAAUGUUCAGUGCUUGAACACCAUGAUGAAAUGCAUAGCACUUGGUGCUGCAGAGUUUCUCCAGAAGCCACUCUCUGAAGACAAGCUCAGGAGCAUAUGGCAACAUGCAGUACACAAGAGUCGUCCUGCACAGGCCUUCAAUGCCAAAUCCUUGAAGCUUAUCAAAGAUCAAAACAACCCCGAAACCAAAGAAAAAGAUGAAGAUGAAGCUGCAACAGUUACUGACAGGCUAUCGGCACCUUCAACUCCCCAGUUGGAACAAGGAGGGAGGUUUCAGCCAGAUGAAGAAUUCCAGGAAACAACAAACUGCUCGGCCUUGCCUUGUAGUUCUUCUUGUUUGCAUAGUGCAGACAACUCGCAGUCCGAUUCGGAUGGACAAAGGAAGAAGAAACUGCUGCCCAAUCCUUCAUCUCUAAAUGGUGCCAGAAACAGAAGGAAGAAAAUAAAGGUGGAUUGGACUGCAGAGCUCCACAGGAGGUUCGUGCAGGCAGUGGAACAGCUUGGAGCAGAGCAGGCCAUUCCUUCUAAGAUUUUACAACUCAUGCAGGUGGAGGGCUUGACGAGGCACAACGUAGCGAGUCACUUGCAGAAGUACAGAAUGCAGAAGAGACACGUACUGCCCAAAGACGAAGACCGGAAUCCAAUCAUGGCCUAUCCUUCUUCAUUUCAUCCACACUCAGCUCAGAUGUAUCCAGUUUGGGGUCAUCCAAGCUACCAUGGCGUUCAGAUUUGGGGUACUCCUACAAGAGGCUUAUGGCAUCCCCCUACCCAAACUUGGCCCUGGAAAUCAUAUCCUCUGGUUGCUGAUGCAUGGGGCUGUCCUGUUCGUGCGCAGUAUCCCAUGUCUUCGCCAAGGUCCGUGAUGGGCAGCGGUCUCGAAGUUGGUGGAGAAAGAAACGAGGAGGUGAUCGACCGCGCGGUGAGAGAGGCCAUGAGUAAGCCUUGGCUCCCCCUCCCUCUAGGCCUCAAGCCGCCUUCCACCGACGCCGUGCUGGCGGAGCUCCACCGCAUGGGGAUCGCCGGGACGCCCUUCACUGACCGUCGGCCGUGAGGGGGCUGUGGCUGCCACACGACCUCACGCUGUAAAUAAAAGGCGGCGGUUGUUGCUGGAUCAUCAUGACGUUGGAUUUUGUACUGGAUUCUAUCCUCCAUGAAUUCACAUAUAUUUCUGCUAUCAUACAUAAAUCAACAAACAAAAGAUCCAAAAGAACAAAUCACAUAUUAAUUAGUGUUUUGAUUACUAACUUGUUUCUUCUAAAUGUACAAUUAGUAAAAGAUGAUGAAAAAAAAUAAACAUCCACUA